ACCGUCUUCGACGUUCUCAACCUCGUCUACGAGGGUGACUUCGUCAUGAGGCAGUUCAACACGCCGCAGGAGAACAUCAAAGUCACGUUCGAAGCGAACACCGACCGCAUGCUCAAGCAUGCGCUCGAAUGGAGCAUCGACCUCUCGAAGCCUGGCGAGCUCGAUCGCAAGAUCAAGGAGUUGCAAUGGCUCAUGGUAAUCUUAUACGGCGUUGCCGGGUACCACGAAGGCAAGGGCCUGCAGGCCGAUUUCUACAACAUGCACCUCGUCACCUCAUGCCUCUUCCUCGGCCCGAACCUAUACGAGCUAUCCAAACGCUCGCAGGAGAUCUUCCUCCGCGCGUACCUCGCUAAUUCACUCACCAACUACCUUAUGUUCAGCCGCCCUCCCCUCGAUAUCACCACGUUCUGGAAGGAAACCGCCGCCGCCGAGUUUAUCGUCCCCGCCGGUUUCAGUAGCAGCACAGGCACCGACGCGGGCUACACGGGGCCCGCGCAGCUCGACGCCAAGGUCCUCGCUGCGACCGAGGGCAACGCGAAUCCCUGGGCGACACACGUGCAGAGCGCGAUUGUGGCCAAGGACGACCACUACGCGAAGCUCAUCCGCGCGCUGCUGCACCUCGCGGAGCGGUUCGGCGAUCGCCCGGCGGGGUACUUGGUGACGAUGGCACCAAACUGUGGGUGGGAGGGGCUGGAGCAGAUCGACGGCUCGCUGUUUUUGAGGGUGGCUGGGUUGACGGCCGAGGCUGUGAACGACGCCCAGAUUUUCAGCAUUAACAAGCCUUACACGGGCUUAGAGCUUACAUGA